UGCUAGAAAUAUAGCAGUGUUGGAAAUAAAAAAAAUUUGUUCUACUGUGAAAGUGUUGUUGUUGCAUAAACGUGCUGAUAAGCUACAAUUUGGUCUGAUAAGGCCUUUAAAAAUAGCUGGUUAACGGCAACAGUUAAACUUAGUGGCCAAUACAGGCGGUGAUGAUCUCAUAGUGAAGUGCAUAAGGGGAAAUGUGAUUUUUGGUAAUAUCGUUUAAUUUUAUUUUCUUCCUCUUCUUUAGUGAAAACACACAAAAACGGCUGCACUCAACGAAAGUGCUAUUUAACGAAAAAUAAUUGUUAACGAACAAAUUAAACGAAUAUAUUUAUUAAAGUGAAGAAACCCACACACACACACACACACAUACAAAAAUGCGUUUCAAAAUCCUGCUAGCAUUCGUGCUAGCCUGUGUCUUGUCGACAUCAGUCAUUGGAAGCGAGAAUUAUUCUUCGGAGCUCGACACCGAUUCUCAGGCAAUUGAUCCCAAAUUCAAGGUGUCUAACGAUGCCGAGCUCGUUGAAAUGAUACCAGAGAUCGUGCAGGAACAAGUGAAACCAACGACUACGACCUCCCCAAGGCCAACAACAAAGACCACAACACAAAAGACAAAACCGCCGAGCCCGAUUUCUCCACGCCCUAACAAUGGUGUGACACCUAGAAAUCAAACAAAAAGCUUCCUGGAAACGGCCGGAGCCUUGAAGGUUAGCGAGGAUUUCUAUCUCGGCGAGUUGGGCUUCGAUAUCAGCGACGACAACGGAUAUGACUGGUCUAAUCCCAAUAAUCCUGUGGCUCCACCAGUUAUACCAUCCCACGCUGCCGGCGGUUACGUCAUUACCUCGCAGCGCUUACAGGAGAUUCGUUCGAAUCUAAUGUACUGGUACUUUGACAAGGACACGAAUGGCGGGCGCGGUGAUUAUCAGUACGACAUACAUGCCUCCAUGACACAGUUGCAUAAAAAUUUGAACUUUCGUCUACCAUUCUUUGGCUUCGUCUACAAUUACACUCGACUCUCGCUCAAUGGCUAUUUGGAGUUUUCCGAUCCACCAGAGUAUCUGACAUAUCCUCUGGUAUUUCCCAUAAAGGAUUGGCCGAAGCGUCGUGAUCCCUCUUUUAUUGGUAUAUGGUUUUCCAAAUGCCGCGUGGGACGCAUAUAUCCGACAGACAUAGAUCAGCGCACACCUGGCGUGUACUUCCGUCUCGAACGUGAUUUGAUUACUCGCACGGACCGUUUCGGCGUCGAGGUGCGUGAGCGCACCAUGUGGGACAUACGAGAGGGCGUCGUGGGCGCAGAGACGUUCAUACCGAAACAUGUUCUUAUCGCAACAUGGAAGAACGUUUCAUUCGCCGGUGGCAUCGACAACGCGCUUUUCACGACAAAUACUUUCCAAAUGGUUUUGGCCACCGACGAAGUCUACACAUAUGCCAUAUACAACUACGAUUUGCUGAAAUGGUCUUCGAACACCGAGGCAGGCGGUGAUACAACCACUGGUGAGGGCGGUGUACCGGCUUUUGUGGGAUUCAAUGCAGGCAACGGUACGCGGUCCUACGAGUACACGCCCUAUAGCCAGCAGAUGGUGAUACGUGACUUGACGGGGCGUGGUUGGGGCAAUGGCUUCCCGGGCCGCCAUCUCUUCCGUAUAGAUGAGCAAAUCUUAAUUGGUUCCUGUAAUAAGGAUAUCGAUGCUUCGCAUUUGCCGUUGACCUUUGCGCCCGAAGCCGGUAAUAUGUUGGGCGGCACUGUGGUCAACAUCACUGGUCCCUGCUUUGAUCCGAAGAAACGCGUUACAUGCCAUUUCGAUACCGAAGAUGUGCUGGGCACUUAUGUGAAUACAAAUCGUGUUAUCUGUGUGCAACCGUUCUUGAAAGCCGAAGGUUGGGUGCGCUUCGAAAUUUCAAUUGGCAAUCAGCGCUUCAAAUGGCGCGGCAGAUAUUUUGUAGAAACCCCCGCUUUAGCAACGGAGAAGAUUUUCUUCGAAACCGAAGACGUCCACAAGAAAUCACCCGACCAGAUACAAAUCAGCUGGGAUCCUUAUAACUUAACCUCAAACGGCAACGCCAAUAUAAUGAUAUCACUUUGGGGAUACCGCGAAGUUACCAUAUAUCCGCAACUGGAGUAUAUUGACUCAAUCGAGACUGGCCUAACCAACACCGGCUCCUAUGUGAUUUAUCCGAAAAAUUAUGUCAACCGCAAUAAUUACAACAACGAUCUGCAAUUCGGUUUCCUGCAAAUAAAUCUAACGAAUCCAGAGCAGUAUUCCGGCCUGAAGAUUAGUCCAACGCUCUGGUCACGUCCCAUCCCUCUGGGCUGGUAUUUCAAUAAGCAAUGGGAGCGCAAGCACGGACUGCGUUGGCCUGAGGCGCUGUGUGAGAAUUGGGUACGAAAUGACCGCUAUUUGAGAACGUUCACUGGGGACUUGCCGCUUUGUCCGUGCACACUGGAGCAGGCCGUUUAUGACAAAGGACGAUACCGACCAGAUAAAGAGUGUGACAAGGACUCGAAUCCGACAUGUUUGCGGCACAAAAACGCCAUACAUUGCGUCGUCAGUGGAAAUCCGGUCGCGGAAGGCGCCGAACAACAGUGUUGCUACGAUCGCUAUGGUUUCCUGAUGUUAACACAGGAUCAAGUGUGGGGCUCCCGGCCUCGACGUAAUCAUAAUCUUGGUAAAAUGCCUUGGAAUGAGGCUGGUAAGGUGCCGACGCUUUCUAAUUGGUUCCACGAUAUGCGUCCGUGGUACUCCUGUUGUCAUUGGCAGAAGGAGCAGUCUGUAAAUUGCGAAACUUUCCGCUUUGAACGUCGACCCACACAAGACUGCGUUGGCUAUCAAGCGCCUGGUGUAUCUGGAGUCUUCGGUGAUCCACACUUCAUUACUUUUGAUGGCACGCAAUAUACUUUUAAUGGCUUAGGUGAGUUUGUCUUGUCGCGUAGUGUGGCCGCUGAUCGUCGCUUCGAGGUGCAGGGUCGUUUUGAGCAGGUGCCCAAAAACCAGUAUGGUGCUGUGAUGGCUACCCAGUUGACCGCUAUGGCGAUGCGUGGCAAUACGACAACAACAAUUGAAGUGCGACUGCGGCCGAAAUUUGCUCGUUGGCGCUAUGCCCUGGAUGUGUUGGCCGAUGGGCGGCGUAUUUAUUUCGAUCGGGAGAGCAUGCGGUUUCAGCAUUUUGAUGGUGUCACCGUUUACACGCCCACUUAUCUCCUCAAUCAAUCCCAAGUUGUCGUGAUGUUCGAUUCAGGCGUAGGUGUGGAAGUUGUUGAGAAUGAAGGCUUCAUGACGGGGCGAGUCUAUUUGCCGUGGGAUUUCAUUAAUAAAACAGCAGGAUUAUUCGGCAAUUGGUCAUUCAAUGCUUUGGAUGACUUUGCGUUACCCGACGGUACAGUGGCCAACUUGAAUCUGAACAAUUUCCAGCAGAUUUACUACGAUUUCGGUCUGAAGUGGAUGUUGGCUGAUCGCAAUAUUCCGGGUGUAGGAACGGCUCUAUUCUCACGUGAAAAUGGACGAACUGCCAGCUAUUAUUCGAAUGCUUCAUUUGUGCCGAACUUUGUAAAAGAGCCGCAGGACUUCUUGCCCUCGAACCGAUCGUAUGACGUGGAGCGUGCGGAGGAGUUAUGUGGCGAAAGUUAUCAAUGUCGCUAUGACUACGGCAUGACCUUGAAUACGGAUAUGGCGCAUUUCACCAAGAAUUACUACGACAGUUUAGUGAACAUAAGAAAUUUGAAUUCAAAGCGCGUAGUUUCGUGUGGCGUUCUGGAGACUCCUCGCUUUGGACGCAAGUUGAGUUUUGACUUCAUGCCAGGCGCCAAGAUUGCAUUCGAGUGUAAUGAGGGAUUCGUGCUGAUGGGCGAUCAGCGUCGUGAAUGCAUGGCUAACGGCCUUUGGAAUGUUCCUGAGUAUGGCUACACCUACUGUUUGCGUGAGGUAUUCUAUACACGUCGUGUCGCUUUUAUUGCCAUCGCCAUUAUUGUGUGCGUCAUAUGUCCGCUGAUGAUAUGCAUUGUUUGCGGAAUUUACCGGUUCCGUCAGAAACAACUCAAGGAAGAUCCCGCUUGGCAGAUGACCAUACCACGUUCGCGUGCUUCGUCACGUUCUAACUUGCGUCAGCUGAGUGGACCGGACGACGAUAGCGAUACGGAUGCAACAGGCACACUCAAGAAAAGUAGGUCAUAUGAUAAAGUUUAUCGUACGAAUGAACCACUACCGGGCAAACCCCGUAUUGACUUUCCAGCUAAGAAAUGGGAUCUGGAUGACGAGGAUGUGACCUCAUCCGAAGGUAGUGAAAAUAAAGAUACAAAAGUAGCUAGCGAUAUUGAAUACGUUAAUAAAACAGGUGACAAGCCGCGUCAAAUGGGCAGACGGUCGUUGCGCACCAAUUCGGGCACUGACCACGAUCAACACGAAGAGGACGGCACAGCCAUAGAUGAGCCGGCCCAAGCCCAUGUGCAGGGACAGGCGCCCGAUGUGACGGAUACAGCAAACCGAGCCGCUUAUAAUCAGCCACCAUCACCCGAGACGGACGAGGAGCCACAGCAUAGCAGCACCUUGCAUCAGCAAUACAGUCCGACAUUUAGUGGCGCCGAUAGUCGCAACAGUUCCAUGAAUUACCAACCGAAUGCAGCAGCACAGAAUCGCUUUGGCGGAGUGCCGGUCUUACCCAAUAACACACAGUUCUUCAAUCGCCCGCCAUCCAAUAUACCGACGGGUGCAACGUCUUUGCCGAUACGCCAAGCGCCGACUGCAGCGCCGAUAACGAAUACGGCCAUGCCACUGACACAAGAUAACGGCUUACCGUCGCCUCCAUAUGCCGCCUCACCCACACCAUCGGUGCAGCGUUCGACCGAGGUGUGAAAGUUUCAAAACAGAUUUGGAAAAUACGCAAAUAAAUCGCCGUUUGGGAAAAAUUUUAUCAAGAAGUUCAUACAUCUACAAAAUAGUAAUUAUGUGCAUCGUAAAAUGAUCGCCUACUAACAGACCAUCCUAUCCUAUCGUCGUUCGCAUUUAAAAACAGCAUACGAGCAAAUAACUGUAGUUAUUACCAAUACAUUCUAACCUUAAUUUGGAUACAUUCUGCUUAACUAACAGCCAAGUUCAAAUCGCACUCAUUCACUCAUCUAUCCGCCUCAUUGAAAACCUGUAUAUGCCGAAUAAGUAGUGUGGUGCAGCGCCAUAAAAAUUCCCGCCUCGCUGUAAUGUUCGCUCUCCCCGCCAACCCAGCACUCACUUUAAUACUGUUUUUUAUAUAAAAAUAUUAUUUGCAUUUUGAUUUAGUUGUAACAAUUAAAAAAUUAAAAAUAAUUAACAAAAAUUAAUAUUAUGCGUACAGACUAUUCAUAACCUCAAAAUAAAAACCAUAAUAUCAAAUUUCAUACUAAGAAACAUACAUAACAUUCAAAUGUACAAACCAAACACCAUUGCUUAUGGUCCUGACAUUAUCGCCAUCACAAUUUUUUAACUAUUCCAAGUGUUCAGAGUUGUUUGCAAAUCGUCCACUCCCGUUUGUUAACACCUUCCUUUUAUAUAUAUUUUCUGAGUAAAUAAAUAGUUAAGUUAUUAAUA